UAUGCGAUGAAAUUCAAUGAACGAUAUCGUGCCUCGCGAAAGAUAACCUUUCAAAAAGUGUCGAGUCUGUAUACGUGUAUGCGUAACGUUUAAAUGAACAUUUAAAUAGAGACACUGGGUAACAGAAAAUUGCAGGAUGACUGUGAUUUCAAGGAUUUUCUCUCGCAGGGGUUACGGCGGAUUACGAGCAGCGAAAAUACUGCGUAGUGCAGUCAGAACAAGUACUUCAACGACCGUUUCAGGUCCGACGGAGGAGUCGCCGAGUGCGAAAGUGCCGCAGAAAAGUGCUGGCGAAAAGAAAGCGAUUCCAGACAGAUACCGAUUUAUGUAUCCAGAAUUGCUGCCAGAUCCGAAUCCGAAGUUUCGCAACGCGAUGAGGGAGAAGCUGGAGCGCAUGGAUAUGCUGGCAAGGCGGACGCACGUAUUAAUACCCGAGUUUUACAUUGGCUCCAUAUUAAGUGUCACUUAUUCUGAGCCGCAUGCCCCUGGGAAGGUCAACAAGUUCGUAGGAAUAUGCAUCCAGAGGGGUGAUUGUGGACUAAGAGCCUGGUUUAUCUUGAGAAACGUGGUUGAUGGUCAAGGUGUCGAGGUAAAAUAUGAGAUGUACGAUCCCACGAUACAGAAGAUAGAAUGCCUCAAACUCGAGAAGAGAUUGGAUCCGCAUCUGCGAUACCUACGUGACGCUCCACUGGAGUACAGUACCUUCUCCUUCGACAUGGAGCCAGAGUACUUGGCAGAAGGAACAGCGGUCCCUGUAAAUAAGACUAGGGUGAAGCUCAACCUGAUGCCGUGGAUAGAGAAAUGGGAGCGUCAGGAGCUGCGAGGCAUAAUAAUAGAUCCUAGGGUGAGAUUUACUGAAAACCGUCUUAGGAAAGGCAAAGUUGCCGCGACGCCUUGGGUGAAAUAUGACCUGAUGAAAACCUACAGGGAGACCAUUCCCGAGGAGGAUCAGAAUGAGAUAUUCAGCGAAGUGUAUACCCAAUUACGUGAUCUGGAGAUCGCUAACCGUAGGCAGAAACAUAAACGUCCUUUCAUACGGCCAAAGAAAACUGGAUAAACUUACGAUGUACAGCAAUUUUUAAUUCAUGUAAGGAAACAGUAUAAAAUUGAAAAAUAUAUAAUUGUUUCUCUCGUUA